AUGGAAAAUGCGUCUCGCAACUGCGUGCUGCAGCUGUACGGCUCUUCCGCUGUAAGAGAGAUCACAUCGAUAUUGCGCGCCGCAUUAACAGCAGAACAGGACGAACAACGAGAACGGGAGGAAUCUAGUGAAGCUGCGCAUACUCAGCUUCUCCUUGCCCUUGCAGAUGAGCAACGAAAGCUUGAAGAAAGCAUUCGUGGCUCUACAGGGACGGAAAUGAAGGCUGAUGAGAACUGCGUGACGCCGGGGCUGACUCUCGGAAGCGAUGUUGUCUUCGACACUGGCAACACGGCAUCCGCACCCUGGUUCCCGGUUUGCGAUAACAAGGAACAGCGCAGCUCAGGGAGGCAUCGCGGCACAAAAGAGGAAACGCCGUCUAUGCGAGAAGACGGUUUGAACCUCAGCUUAGUAGAAAGUAACCAAAAAGAGGAGGGUCUCCUAGAAAAGGCUUCGAAAUCGGCAACAGAGGAGGCAGAGUCGGCUUCCGGCAACAGUGCGGCACAGCCGCAAGAAGCCUAUCAAUUGGAAGAUGAGCGAUUUAUGGAUUCGCUUCAGCAGCUGCAUGAAAAGAAGGCAUUCAACGAUGGAGGGGAACAAGCUGGGAAUUGCUGCUGUCGCACCUGCCUCUCCUCGGAUGCUCGCAGAGUGGAAUUGCUAACGGUACGUAGGAACAGCUGA